UUCUAAUCUCUCUUUCUGUUGGGGAAACAUGGACAACUACACGACGUGGAGUAAUUUAACCCAAGUUCUGUCAGAGCUGGACGGGACGAGCGGUGAGGAGGAGGAAGAGGACGAGGAGGAGGAGGAGGGCAGCGGUGGAGGGAGCGGCGGACUGCGCGUCCUCGUCGGCUGCGUCCUCUUCCUGCUCAUCGUGUCCACGCUGCUCGGGAACACGCUGGUGUGCGCUGCCGUGGUCAGGUUCCGCCACCUGCGCUCCAAAGUCACCAACUUCUUCGUCAUCUCGCUGGCCGUGUCCGACCUGUUCGUGGCCGUGCUGGUGAUGCCCUGGGAGGCCAUCACCGAGGUGACCGGCACGUGGCUGUUCGGACGGUUUUGCGGGGUCUGGAUUGCCUUUGACAUCAUGUGCUCCACGGCCUCCAUCUUGAACCUGUGCAUAAUCAGCGUGGACCGGUACUGGGCCAUUGCCAGCCCAUUCAAGUAUGAGCGGAAGAUGACUCACCGGGUUGCGUUUAUCAUGAUCGGGGUGGCGUGGACGCUGUCAAUCCUGAUCUCCUUCAUCCCAGUUCAGCUCAACUGGCACCAGGCCGGGGAGGAGGCAGAAGAAGAGGUGAAGGAGGAGGUGUUGGAGAUGAUGGCCUCCAUCAGCAGGAACUUCACGAACAGCAGCAACUUCAACGCCAGCGCUGUCGCCAAGAGCUGCGUUGCCAACCUGAACAAAACCUACGCCAUCUCCUCCUCCUUCAUCAGCUUCUACAUUCCGGUGGUGAUCAUGAUCGCCACCUACACCCGGAUCUACAGGAUUGCUCAGACCCAGAUCCGUAGGAUCACGUCCUUGGAGAGGGCGGCAGAGCAGGCUCAGCACCAAGGCCAUGGUGUGAACCGAAACCAGCAUCAGCAGCACAGACCCAACGAUGAAGCCUCAUUGAAGUCGUCGUUUAAGAAGGAAACCAAAGUCCUAAAGACGCUCUCCAUUAUCAUGGGGGUGUUUGUCUUCUGCUGGCUGCCUUUCUUCGUCCUCAACUGCACGGUCCCGUUCUGCGACCCACCCUGUGUCAGCGACACCACCUUCACCGUCUUCGUCUGGUUCGGCUGGGCCAACUCCUCCCUCAACCCCGUCAUCUACGCAUUCAACGCAGACUUCCGUCGGGCCUUUGCCACCAUUCUGGGCUGCAACCAAAUCUGCUCAAACAACGCGGUGGAAGCGGUGAACUUCAGCGACGAGCUUGUUUCUUACCACCACGACACGACGCUCCACAAGGAGGCGCUAGUCCCGGCGCAGCCGCAGCAGCAUCCCCGCACGAUUAACGUCGGUUCCGACCACCUGGAGGACAUGAGUGCUCAGUUUGAUGAGGAGUCGAUGAUCUCCAAUGGUUCCCGGAGCGACAACAGACUGCUGCUGCUUCCUGCCACCGUCCAGCUCGAGGAUGACCCGGAAAUCUCCUUGGAAACGAUCACGCCGUUCACCUCAGCGGCGGGGCCGGAGAGUGAAGCUCUAAUACCAGGACAAGUCCUCCAGGAUGGAUAGGACAGAAACUGUACUGAACUGACCGACAAAAUCAAACAGGAAGUUAGGCUGGGUGGCCUUCAAAAUAAAAACAUAAACUUAAAUUCAGCUGUAAUCCUCCACAAUGUUUCGAUUUAUUUGAAAUGAUGGAGGACUUAAAGACUUUAUAACCAACCUUUCAAAAUCUGGAGAACCCCAUGAGAGAGAUGGUAUAGCCGUAAGCUUCAGAUAAAAUGGCAGAAUUUAUUGAUGUGGCUGCUGGAUUGUUCUGUUUAAUUUUUGUGUUUACACGUAUGAAAGCAGAUUUAGUUUUAGACAUACUUGAUACAGUAAAGUUGGCAGGGCUGGAUCUAGAGGGGUGGUAUUGCCACCCCAUAUUGUAUGUAUCGGCUAUAUUAGAGUUGUCAAAUUAAUUUGGAUGAAUUAUAAAAAUACCAUUUUAAAAAUGAAAAUUAUUACAUAUGGUUGAAUUAUCUGUAAUCGCCAUACUUUUAUCUAAGUUAUAGGCUUAUGUUC